AUGGUCCCGACCCUCUGUCUCGUCAACAGAGCUACAUAUGAUUCCAUCAAAGUCCUCGAACCACAUAUCUGUGGUUGGUUCAUGCGUCGUCAUCAAAUCACAGGAUUCGACCGUGUUCUUCGGCUGGAUCGAAGGACGAGUCGCCCAUGGCCAUUAACAGUACAUUCACUACUGAGGUUUGAGCGUCGCCGGGAUAUUGCUCAACGGAUAUCGCGUCACAUUGUCCCUGCAGUAUGGGGACCAUUCUCUGACGAUGAUGAGGAUCUAGAAAUGAAUUUUGAAGCAGAGCUACGCCUUGCGCAACGCAUUGAGCGGGGCCUGUAUGCUUUGUUUCACAUGUCGGAUAUUGCUCAAGAUAUGGAAAGAUCAAAACAACGAAAGAGAAAACCCCUAGCUCCGGUGGCAAUAGCGCGAUUAAUAGCUCUGAGCCAGACAUUCGAAGAAUACGAUGAUCUUCCAGAGCAAAAGAGGCAAUCGGUAUCAUUUGAAAACUACGCCGGCCACGUGUACAAGGUACUAAAAUGGGGCGCAACGGAAGCCGACAUCGGUCGAAAGCGUUUAGAAUUCCGAUGUCAUCUGGGCAAAGAACGGGAGAUUGACCUCCACGUUGCUCUGCGGAUGAUGCGAGAGCUGACGGAAAAGAUGCUCCUUCGACACGGGCCCAGCGACUGGUACCGUGAUACAAAGAACGAAUACAGUGUUAUCUCCUGGUUCCUCCUGCGACAAUCGCCACGGACACUAGAGAAACUAUUCCUCAGCGACCCAGACCAGUGCUGUGAUAUAGAAGGGAGGCUGGGUAUCGUGAACGGGGUACGGGUGUGCCAUUUCGCAGACCCGCUGGACAACUACUGGAAAGCAUGGAAGGAGGACCCUCAACUGGGAUGUCAGGAUUGCGACUGCAAGCGACGAGCACGCAGCUGGAGCGUGAAGCCGGCGCUGAUUGAUGCUCGGGGGCGAGAACAUAAUAUCGCUGCAGAGAAGUACCUCAAGGAGAUGUGGAAUCAGCGACAUGUCGGUCUGCAUCGGGCGUUCAUGACAGGACAAUUUACUACUUUUCUAUGA